CUCCAGCAGAGAGACUUCCUUGCUCUGUUUUUUGAGUUUUCAAAAAUGGCGGCUCCAAACUGCACACUGACUUUGGCUCAGCUCCUCGGCCCCAAUGUCACGAACUCCGGCGCCGCAGCCUCCUUCAUCUGCGAUCAAUUCUCUACAACCACCACCAACUUCUCCGACACCAAAUUCGCCGUCGACACCGUCUACCUCCUCUUCUCCGCCUACCUCGUCUUCUCUAUGCAACUCGGCUUCGCCAUGCUCUGCGCCGGCUCCGUCCGUGCUAAAAACACCAUGAACAUCAUGCUCACCAACGUCCUCGACGCUGCCGCCGGCGGCCUCUUUUACUACCUCUUCGGCUUCGCCUUUGCCUUCGGCAGCCCCUCCAACGCCUUCAUCGGCCGCCAUUUCUUCGGCCUCAAGUCAAUCCCCUCCGCCACACCCACCCCCACCGAUUAUAGCUUCUUCCUUUAUCAAUGGGCUUUCGCCAUCGCCGCCGCCGGCAUCACCAGCGGUUCAAUUGCCGAGCGGACCCAAUUCGUUGCCUAUUUGAUCUACUCCUCUGUUUUGACCGGCUUUGUUUACCCGGUGGUUUCCCACUGGUUUUGGUCUCCAGACGGUUGGGCCAGCCCCUCCCGGUCCAAUGGAAAUCUCUUAUUCGGAACCGGAGUCAUCGAUUUUGCCGGUUCGGGCGUGGUUCACAUGGUGGGUGGAAUCGCCGGACUUUGGGGUGCUUUAAUAGAAGGCCCAAGAAUCGGUCGGUUCGAAAAAACCGGACGAUCCGUUGCGUUACGAGGCCAUAGUGCUACGUUAGUCGUUCUCGGUACCUUCAUGCUUUGGUUCGGUUGGUACGGGUUCAACCCCGGUUCAUUCACCAAAAUCCUCGUUCCGUACGGUGUGGGUGAUUUCUACGGACAGUGGAGCGCCGUCGGUCGGACAGCCGUUACAACCACCCUCGCCGGUUGCACAGCAGCGUUGACUACCCUUUUUGGAAAAAGAAUUCUCUCCGGUCACUGGAACGUCACCGACGUCUGCAACGGAUUACUCGGCGGCUUCGCCGCCAUAACCUCCGGCUGCUCAGUGGUGGAGCCAUGGGCGGCAGUGAUAUGCGGAUUUGUGGCAGCGUUGGUGUUAAUCAGCUUGAAUAAACUGGCGGAGAAGGUGAAAUUUGAUGACCCAUUGGAGGCAGCACAAUUGCACGGCGGGUGCGGCGCGUGGGGUAUAAUUUUCACAGCAUUGUUCGCGACAAAGGAGUAUGUGAACGAGGUGUACGGCGGAGAGAUCGGGCGGCCACACGGGUUGUUCAUGGGCGGCGGAGGGAAGUUGCUGGCGGCGCAUCUGAUACAGAUUUUGGUGAUUACUGGGUGGGUAAGCAUCACAAUGGGACCAUUGUUUUUCGGGCUUCAUAAACUGAAGCUACUGAGAAUCUCGCCGGCGGAUGAGAUGGCCGGAAUGGACAUGACACGUCACGGUGGAUUUGCUUACGUGUACCAUGAUGAAGAUGAGUCACCAGCGAAUGGGGUCCAGAUGAGAAGGAUUGAGCCAAGGGACACCAGUCCAUUUGGAAAUUAAGAAAUUUACCCCACACUACUAAGUUUUAUUGUACGUA